AUGACAUCGAAAAGUGAUGAAUUAAAAGCUUAUUGGAAUAAAAUUAAUUAUGCUUUUCCGAUUCUAAAUGAUACGCUAUUUACCGAGUGCACUGCUGUUGAAUAUGAAGAAAUUCAACAAAUUAUCAUUGGUUUAGGGAUUCAAAUAAAAAUACGAGACUUAGUUUUCGUUCAUAUUGAAAAGUAUCUCCGACAACACGUAGCACCUUCUUUUUGGGCAAAAUUCAUAAAAGCUGAAACAGAAGUCAAAGGAUUCCAGUUAUUCAAGUCAGCAGUAAACGAUCUUUACGAGUCAGCAUCAAACUUAUUACCUAUGCUGUCAAACCUUACAAUCCUGUGUAAUAGUUGUUGUGAUAAUAAGCUGAUAUAUGGUGAAAGGGAUGUAACCUCGGGGUUUAAACAACUUCUAAGAGCUACUCUACUAUCUCAACUUCCUUUAGACUUUCAUGUCAUAAUAAAUCAUUUUUAUAAAGUAUCUUUUAAUGUGUUUGAUAAUGAGUAUGAGAAUUCAGACAUGAGUGAAGAUGUAAUGUGUUCUGGUUGCUGGAAUGAAUAUUCCGAUUGUAAUUGUGCUUACAUUGUGAAGGUUUUCCAUGACACAAAUCGGAAACUUAUGGAACUUCAGCUUCUCGAGAGAUUGGCAGGACAGGUUUUAACAAAUUUUAUACAGAUGAGAAUUGAAACACACAUACAAAAACAUUGUUCUGGCACUUUUGAUGUAUCACACAUUGGAUUCCUGGAAAACUGGCUAGACACAACUGUAAUGUCGUGGUUGACUCGGAUAUACUGUGCAGGUUCCUCAAAGCCACCUUCCGAUGAUAAGCAUGUUAUGAAUGCUAUUUCAAAAUUCAAACAAAAAUUAUGUUAUUAUUUAUAUCACAGCUAUACAAAAUUGAGAAUAGACCAGUUAUUUAAUAUUAUCAUAGAAUACCCAGACUCCCAACCAGCGGUAGAUGACCUUAAGUUGUGUUUAGAUAAGACUGAUUUGCGUCCUACCUUAUGUAAAAAGUUGCAAGGUGCAUUGGAGACAAGAUUAUUACAUCCCGGUGUAAACACUCCUGAUAUUCUAACAGCAUAUAUUUCUACAAUUAGAACUCUAAGACAUUUGGAGCCAUCUGGAGUCAUUCUUGAAGCAGUUACAAAGCCAGUUCGAAGCUAUUUAAGAAAUCGAGAAGACACAGUGCGUAGUGUAGUUAGUAGUUUGACAGAAGAUGGUGCUGGUAGUGAAUUAGCUGAAGAAUUAGCUAAGUAUGCUACAGAAAAUGAUGAUGAAAAUGAAAAAGAAGAAGCGUGGGAUGAGUGGGUUCCCGAUCCUGUAGACGCAGAUCCCAAAGUAAGCCCUAAUGAUAGAAAAGCAAACGACAUCAUAUCUAUGCUUGUUAAUGUGUAUGGCAGCAAGGAAUUGUUUGUUAAUGAAUACAGGACACUUCUAGCUGAUAGAUUACUGGCUCAGAGCGUUAUUAACACAGAAAAAGAGAUAAGGUAUUUGGAACUAUUAAAACUAAGAUUUGGGGAGUCACAGCUACAUUUUUGUGAAGUGAUGCUUAAAGACGUGUCAGAUUCAAAAAGGAUUAAUGCACUUAUACAACAGGAUAAGAACUUUGAGGGUUUGAGUGACAAUUUUACUUCAAAUGCUAUGAUUUUAUCGGCACAAUUCUGGCCACCAUUCAAAGAUGAAAGUUUAGAGUUACCGGAGGAAAUAAAACAACACUUUGAUGCUUACACAAAGGCAUAUGAGGCAUUGAAGGGUAACAGAACAUUAAGUUGGAAACCACAUUUAGGUAAUGUAAAUAUUGAAAUUGAAAUAGGUGAAAAAAAAUUAGAUUUAACUGUUUCUCCAUUCAAUGCAACAUUGAUAAUGUAUUUUCAAAAUAAACCCGAAUGGUCACUAGAUGAAUUGCAUCAAAUUAUGAAAGUGCCCAUAACUAUAUUAAGAAGAAAAAUAACAUUUUGGCAGUCUCUAGGCAUUAUUGCAGAGAAAAGUAGCGAUUUCUAUGUACUUAUUGAUGGAACAGAUGUAAAUAAAUCUAAUGUUGCUGUCAACCAAGUCCAAGAGAUGAUAUGUGAAGAUGAGGAAUCAGAGAGUGUAAUGGCAUCUGCACAUGACCAAAGAGAAGAUGAAUUACAAGUUUUCUGGUCAUAUAUUGUUGGGAUGUUAACUAAUUUGGACUCUUUGUCUUUAGAGCGAAUACAUCAAAUGUUAAAAAUGUUUGCCUCCCAAGCUCCUGGCACCGAAUGCAGCCUUCAAGAAUUGAGACAAUUUCUAGACAUAAAAGUCCGUACCCAUCAGCUUGUUUUACAAGCCGGAAUGUAUAAAUUGCCUAGGUCUUAAUAUAAGUAAAAACAGUUAUUUAUCUUUUAUUAAUUUUUAUUAUAAUAUAUAAGAGCAAACACACAUGUAGAAAUAAUGUAAUACAAAUAGAAAUUAAAACAAUUUGAAGAAGUUUAA